AAGUAGUUGGUUUAGUUCCACCCCGUUACUACAUGGGAAGGCGGGCGAAUUUGAAAGAAGAGCAUAUUCGUUUGCAUCUGAAAACAUAGAUGUUUGUUUCAUACAAUUCCAUAUAACCGACCAUAUAACAGAUCGGACAGUCUUACUGACUAGCAGCAGUUUGCAGUUUCUGGAUCUGUAUUGUCUUGCAAGAUGAGCAACAAAACCACACGGUUACCGUCGAGGAAAAGCAGCGAUGAAAUCAGAAAGUCAAGUGGAAAGAGUUCACCACGAAGGAGGUCCUGCAGGUUGUCUGCAAGUGAUGUAAAUCUGGCCUCUAAAGUUGUGGCUACACCUGUGGCUGUGAAACGGUCAAUCACUUUUAGGAAAAUUGCACCCAGAAAAACUCAGGCCCUGUCUGACAGUAACAAGGAGAAUGUGGAAAGAUUAUCUGAAGUGCCGACAAAGCUGUCCAGAGUCUUGACAUCGUCCCCAGCUGUGGCAACAGUGCCCAAGGCAGCUGUCCUCUCGCCCAUCCUGCCUACUUCAUCUCCAUCUUCUCAGCCCAAAGAAUCGGAGCAGGACCCUGUUUGGUCCCAAAAAGUGCGACGCUCUUACAGUCGCUUGAGUAUGGGGGAGAAGUCCUUUGAAAUCCCCAAAUCCCAUCAUGCACCUUCCACUUCUCCCAACAACCGAGAGACCCUGUUUGGUUUUGAGAGGCUUCAGACUCCAGAGGUGAUGCGCAAAACUGAGGGAUCUAGAGUAGCUCCUCUGGGCUCUAUGUCCAUCUCACUGGGUUCUUUCAACAUCUCCGCUGCUGAAGACAGCACGUCAAACCCACCAGAAAUUGAUCCAAACAUCCCGGGUGUGUGUCUGGGGAAGAAGACAACCAGGCGGAAACGCGUACAACAGAUAAAGAUGUCAGAGUUGGACAAUCUUGCAGCAAAGAUGAAUGCUGAGUUUGAGGAAGCCGAAAGUUUUGAACUGGUUGUUGAAUGAAAUUUCUAAAGUGCCCCACACGUUCAGGACAUUUUCAGGACACGUCAGACUUUUCAACUUAUUACUUUUAUUAUUGUUCAUUAUGCUUACUGCCCUCUGUUUCUUCCUGCUUGCAAAAUCUUAACUAAAAGCAUGUUUUAAGAGAUCAAGCUGUUUUGUUGUUCUGAUCAUUUUUCACAAUGUCACAAUCAUCAGUAAAUCUCUAAAUGACAA